CUGUGGCAGAGGCUGGAGUCAGGCGUCGGGAUGCAGCGUCCUGGGCCCUUCAGCACCCUCUACGGGCGGGUCCUGGCCCCACUGCCCGGGCGGGCCGGGGGCGCGGCCUCUGGCAGAGGCGGGAACAGUUGGGGCGUCCCAGGCUCCCACGUGCAGCCGCCUGGGUGCGCCCAGUCCGGGACUAGCGGCGGUGCUGGCCGAACAAACACCAGCAGCCGGAAAGCCAACAGCGUGUUCCUGGACCCCUCCACGAUGUCCAAGGCCGAGGAGGCCAAGAAGCUGGCGGGCCACUUAGCAGUGAAGAACCACGUGAGGAAUAACCAAGUGCUGGGGAUUGGAAGUGGUUCUACAAUUGUCCACGCUGUGCAGCAAAUAGCUGAAAAAGUGAAAGAAGAGAAUCUGAAACUCGUCUGUAUUCCCACUUCCUUCCAGGCCCGGCAGCUCAUCCUGCAGUACGGCUUAACGCUCAGUGACCUGGACCAACACCCAGAGAUCGACCUCGCCAUCGACGGUGCUGAUGAAGUUGAUGCUGACCUCAAUCUCAUCAAGGGCGGUGGAGGCUGCCUAACCCAGGAAAAGAUUGUGGCUGGCUAUGCAAGUAGCUUCAUUGUGAUUGCCGAUUUCAGGAAAGAUUCAGAGAACCUUGGGGAUCAUUGGCACAAGGGGAUCCCCAUCGAGGUCAUCCCCAUGGCUUAUGUCCCGGUGAGCCGAGCCGUGACUCAGAAGUUUGGGGGCCUGAUUGACCUUCGAAUGGCCGUCAACAAGGCAGGUCCCGUGGUGACAGAUAACGGGAAUUUUAUCCUGGACUGGAAGUUUGACCGGGUGCACAAAUGGAGUGAAGUAAACACAGCUAUCAAAAUGAUCCCAGGUGUGGUGGACACAGGGCUGUUUAUCAACAUGGCCGAAAGAGUCUACUUUGGGAUGCAAGACGGCUCCGUGAACAUAAAGGAGAAGAAGCCGUUCUGUUGACCCUACAGGAAUGGAGUGUGUUCAACUCGAGUCCCCGGCCCACAGCCGAGGUGGACAUGCCUCUCCAGGAGCCUUUGCCUUAAUGUAUCUGUGCCAGGGGCAGCUGGCAGGAUUGGGGGUUGGGGAGUUAAAUCCAGUCUUCUGAAGUAUUGUCACUAAAUGUCUUUUUUUUAAAAAAGAGAAAUAUAAACAUAUAUAUUUUUACUAUUAAAAUUACUCAGUUGUCUUUUAUAUAAAAUAGAACUUGAUUUCAUGUUUUAUAUGAAAAAUUUAUCAAAAAAAAAAAAAAGAAAAGGGGACUGUCUUUUAAACUUUUAACUUGAGCCUGCUGGUUAAGCUUCUGCAUAUUGAGUUUGCUGAAUAAUGUAAAUUGGAUCUUUUCUUUAAGUUGGUAAAGUGAAGGGCCCAGCCAGCUGUGAUCCCCUGAUGCCUUACUGGAAACAUUAGGGUUUACUUUUCUACUACUCUGUAGUUUGGUUUUUAGUUUUUGUUGUGAACAUGCACAAUAUCUAGUUACGUAUUUUAAGAUGAGGUUUACAAGUCUGGUGAGUGUAGCAGUGUGGUGUGUGAUGUGUAGUGACUCAGAAUGUAAAAACUAUCAGGGAGAAAAUUGGGGGCUUCUUCUGUGAUCAGGGGGUUCAUUCACACACCCCUGCUGUUGGUAGCACUCAGCCAGAAAUACUUGCCAGUACUGCCAAAGCACUGCUGUGAAACGUGAAACACUUACAUGAUUGUCUUUUUUGUUGUUAAUAUUUUAUCCAUUUCUUUGUUAUUCCCUGCAUGGCUCAGUAUCAGAAGUUGUCACCUCUUUAUAUUGUUUAAGAGUUGAAAUAAAACAGUAUGGUGCCAUUUUUACU